CUGGAGAGAGAAACAAAUCUACUAAACAAACUAAACUAAAUCAGGUCGAUGCUUGAAAGUGUCUACAUGAAAAUCUAAACAGACAACAUUUACUUCCCUAAUACACAUUCCUGAUUUUCCCGUGCAGAGUUUCCUCAACGCGCAUUAUUGCAGAUUAAACAAAAAACAUAUUUGCAAUACAAACGAAACUUUUUUUCUAAAGUAGCUCUUUUUGAAGCUUUACAUUUAAAAUGCAAAUGACUAAAUUAAAUGAUUACAGAAUUUCUAUUUCAAGAAUUCAUAAAAAAUUAAUUGAAGUCAAACUAAUUCUCCACUGCGCCUUACUUCUGUGUAUGAAAGCCAGUCUUUUAUUUAGAUCAUCAUAACUGCUUUUGUCAACAAUGAAGCUGAAACCAUACAAAAUCACUAACUGUAACCAUUCAUAUCACAGAUCUUAUUGUGCACAAUUCCCUUGUAUUAUUUUUGAAUAUUGAUAGUCCCUGCUCACACUUAAAAUAGAAGUGAUCAAAAUAAACGUCUAAAUGAUGACAGACAUUUAUUUUUAUGCAUGACAGUAAUUAAAACCAACUCGGGUAUUUUCUUAAUGCACAUUCUUAAUUUUAUUGUGCACAAUUCCAUUUCAUUAUUUUUGCUAGAAAAUUCAGUAUAGAAUUAUUUUUGUUUUUACGUGAAUAAUCGAAAUAAUCAAAAUGACAGAAUGUUAUUUUUAUGCAUGAUUGUAAUUAAAAUAUUUUUUUUAAUUCACAUUCAUGAUCUUAUUGUGCACAAUUUCCUCAAUGCAAAUUAUUCUAAAUUUCCCUUUUCACAAAUGGCGACAAAAAGUACAUUUUGACGAACGACAGCAAAUAUUUGUUUAAAAAUGUUAUCAAGUCAUUAUGAAAAUCAAAACUGACUUUCGAUUCACUUUCUGAUCAGAUUGUGCCCAACAUCCUCAAAGCACAUUACUGCAAAUAUAAAAAGCGUUUUUGCUAUAAAAAUAUACAUAUGCUAACAUAUGAGUUUGUUAUAUUUGAAGCUUUACCAUCUUUGUUCACAUUCAAAGCGCAAAAAGUGAUCAAAAUAAAGUGCAUAAUUUUUCACAAGCGUUUAUGCAAUACAUUUUUUUUUAGAAAAGUUAUUAACUUAUUCAAAUUAAAAACAUGAAUAAAUGAUGACAACAGAAUAUUGACAACAACAAUUAGUUUAAAACUGAAUUAUCUUAGCAUGCACAAUUUCCUCAGUGCAUAUUAUUCUUAAUUUAAAAAGCAUUUCCGCCAUAAAAAUGUCUGAAAAACCACGUAAAUGAUACACAAAGCUACUAAAUAAGGACUGCUAAAGUAGUUUUUUUGACCUUUUUCACAACUGCAAAUUGCCGACAGUAAAAGUUCAAAUAAAUUUGAAUCUAUUUAAGGGACCAAUAAAACCACUUUAGUUGAUGGUAAACCUGAAACUACGUAAAACCUCGAACCAGUUCUGCUGAACACAACAGGUUACGGAACUGGUUAGUCGCUGCGUUAGAGAUAAAGCGCCGCGCUUGACGACAACACGACUCUCACGAGAUAAGAGUGUCAAAAAGCAAAAGAGGUGCAAAUUAAAGCGAGGGCUAGGCCAACCGUUUUUCACCUGCUCACGCUCCUCCUCCAGCCCUCUCAUGGGGAGUGUUACUGAGCAGCCAAACCCCACAGUCACGGGAGGACACCACAACAGCAACAACCGGCUGUUUUACUCGCAGGGAUUUCAGCUCACGGAGGAGCCUUUUAGACAGAGCUCGUGCCGACGUUAGCGCGUUUGUGAAUGUUUAAUCCCGUUUCCUGUCGAAAGGAGUGGAAACGUCUUGAGCUGAAAGGAGGUCUGUAGCUGCUUUUCAGAUGCUGGACUAUUAUGGUCCAGCUUGAGAACACCAAGUGCAGUUUUCUCUUCUGCCUUGGAAUCUGCAUCCUAAUAUGUUCUGCCAUCUACCUGAAAGCCAAAAUACCCAACACGUCAGUUGAACGAAGUGGCUUGAGCAGCCAAUCCACGCCGGCACUCAAAUCAUGCGACAUUCUUCCAUCCGCAACUCCUGGGUUUACAUGGCAGCGAAAAGCCUGUAAGAAAAUCAGCUACGAGACCAAAUCGAACGCAAACUGCACUGUGUUGAAGUCUGAUCUGCACUUUAUUACGACGCCGCUGAGCAAAGAAGAAAACGACUUUCCUUUGGCUUUUAUAAUCACCAUACACAAAGAGUUGGAGACGUUUGUGCGGCUUCUGAGAGCCGUUUAUGCACCACAGAACGUGUACUGCAUUCACAUAGACGCUAAAGCGCCGGAGGAAUACAAGUCGAGCGUCCGAAACCUUGUCGAGUGCUUCCCGAACAUCUUUGUGGCGUCCGUUAAUGAAAAAGUCACGUACGCCGGCUUUUCCCGUCUGCAGGCUGACAUCAACUGCAUGAAGGACCUGGUGAAGUCUCCAACAAAAUGGAAGAGAGUUAUAAAUCUGUGCGGCCAGGAUUUUCCAAUCCAGACCAACCUGGAGCUGGUCCGGUACAUGCAAGGACCCGAAUGGAAAGACAGGAACAUGACGCCGGGAAUCAAGCAGCCGCCCACUAUGAAACACAGGACUGAGUUUCAGUACGAGGAGGUAAAGGGCACACACGUGGCACCAAAAGGCAGGAGCCAAAAGAAAGGACCACCUCCUCACAACUUGACAAUUUACUUCGGGACUGCUUAUUACUCCUUAACGAGACCGUUUGUGGAGUUCAUCCUCAAUGACAAGGUGGCCAAAGACUUGCUGGAGUGGUCUAGAGACACCUUCAGCCCAGAUGAGCACUACUGGGUGACGCUGAACCGCAUGGAGGCACCUGGAAGUCACAUAGAAGGCGAAUGGGAAGGUAACGUUCGUGCAAUCAAAUGGAGGGACCAAGAAGGAACAGCACAUCAGGGCUGUAAAGGACAAUACAUCAGGGAUAUCUGCGUUUACGGCAUUGGCGACUUACCGUGGCUCAUCGAAAAAGAGAGCAUGUUUGCGAAUAAAUUUGAGACUGCAAACUUCCCGGAAGCCCUGGAUUGUCUAGAACUGUGGCACCGGCAUAAAGUUCUCCAGCACGCUAUGGUUCCUAUACAAGCAUCGUGGCGUCUAACCACAGAGAUCGAAAUCAUCAACAGCACGCUCGUUUUAAAACCAGGGGAAUGUUUCUAAACAAGCUUCCACGAAAAGCCACAAAGGAAGUGAAAUUCACACCAUGUACGGGCUUUUCAACUUCUGCAUGCACUCAAGACAUAUAUAUAUAUAUAUAUAUAUAUAUAUAUAUAUAUUGGAGAAAACACCGUUUUCUCUUGACGUCAAAGUACCAUCUCACAAGGACACAGUAGACAUGAAGGAAGAAAUCUCGCUGGAAUAUUUUCUGCUUUACGGUGCAAUUUUUGUGUGUCAAUAUUCAAAUGCAGCUCGUGAUGUAUAAUCGUUGAAAACCUGUGAACACUCAUUGUUAUGUAAUGAGUAAUAACCGUUGUGCUUUUAAUAGUAAUCGUAAUUUAUAUUUAUUUUUAUUUAUUAACUGCUGCAUAAUGCACUGUAUGAAGUGAAUACCUAAAGAAUAAAGGCAUUGAAAUCCUCGGCGAAAUCUGAGAUACAACAAAUACUACACUAUACUACAGGCACUGUACUGUGAUGUACACCGUAAUUGACAGAUAUUGUCACCGAGCCCAUCAUUAGUUUAAUUUAGCGAGCAUCAUUAUGGCAUGCCACUGUAAUGCUUUCAUAAUGUAAGCCAUAUAUUUUCAAUAUGUAAAUGUUCAUGCAAAUUAUGUACACAUGAACAUCUGCUAGUCAUUUUUGUUUUUAAUACUGCAUUGAACUGAUAAAAACCCCACCCAAACAAA